AUGUCUGUCUAUCUAUCCAAAUCAUGUUCUAAACAAGCAAGGCCGAGUCUGCCUUCGUUUGGGUGUGUUGAUUCCCAUGCGUCGCAAGCUGCGUCCCUGACAAUGACAAUCAAUUGCUCAGCCCUCGAGCCAAGGACGACAGAUCACCAUGAAUCCUCUUCAUCUAAAUCCUCAUCCGUCUCCGCACUGUGCUACGCUCACCCAAAGAAGCGUGGAUGGUUAGAUACUGCCGAGGCUGUCACCUCCUGCCACGAGUUGAAGGCAUCUUCAAGUCUUCGUACUCGCUGGCUGUCCUGCUACCCCGAGAGUCGAGUACAAAAAUGCGCCAGGAACGGGUCAGGUCCAGGCACAUCAUCGCGACGUAUCCCAUCCCAUCCCAUCCCAACCCGACUUCCUGGCUGCAACCUCCAAUUUGCCCGCACUCGAUCUUCGUCUGAAGACAAUGAAGGCGGCCCUGCGUUCACUAACGCCUUGAUGUAUCCCUCUACGACUGCCGACGGCUUGUCGACUAUCCGUUUCCGACCGGGUAUUCGCCGCCGGAACAGGAUUCCUCGCGAUGGCGGCGCCGUGAGCGUGAUCCCCUCUGGCCUUGGUGCGCCGUACCGCGUCUGCGAGAAUCAGCUGGUGUUGCCCGUCAAUUUGAUCCCGAUGCACCAUGCGCCGAUGACGGGCAUUCGCCCAAACCUAGGACACUUCUACGCCUGA